AUGUCUACUUCUAUCUAUGACUACGAACAUCCAGCUCACGCUUUGCCACGAGAAUGUUUUGGAGUUGUCUUCAAACAUGUAAGUUCGAAAAUUUCAUUUUUCUAACUUAUCUAUUAUAAAAUUUUGUUUCAGCUCGAGAGAAAAGAUGUGCCAAAACUCCGAAAAACCUGCUCAUUCAUGGAUCAAGUUUACAAAAAGGAACGAAACGAUAUUCCUGGACCACAUUGCAACGCCAAAAUCCAAUACACCAACGAACAACUCACUCUCACUGUCAGCUCCCAAAACACCAAAUUAGUGCCAAGAGAUGUGGAAUUGUCGGAAUGGCGACUUGUGUUUCGCAACGCGGAAUGUGUUCACUUGGAAAUCAACACCGAUAGUGAUAUUCCGAUGCAUCUCAUCGAUCAAAUUCUAUGCUGCGACUCGAUUGAAGAUAUCAAAUACAAUGGUCCAAAAAUCAGCGAGGAAAUGCUGAAUCGAUUGAAUGAAGCAGUUCAAUAUGAAAUGGAAUUGAAAGUGGAGGAAUGGGCUGUCAAUAUGACUGGAACCUCAAAAUUGACCAAGAUCAACAUCCUAAACCCAAUUGCUUGUCUUGAUGAUAUUAUCGAGAUAAUGCAACUUGUUCCCGAUAUCAAUGUUUGUAUGUCUUGGCAAACUCUCGUCAAUGGCAUGCGUUCUCUUGAGGUGAGUUCAGCACUUUCAUAUUUUUUUUUGUUUCAUUUUUUAAUAAAAUAUUUUUCAGAAACUUCGAAACUCUCAAAUUGUCCCUGAUUGGCAAUUCAAUGUUCACGAAAUUGUUGGUGGAGCAAUGAUUCAAGCGGCUUCUGAAGAGUUGCAACAAAUUGUCCAAAACAUUUUUGGAGAUGAUGUUUAUAGCAGCAUCACCACAACUAAUAAUCAUAUUACUGUAACUGUCAGAUCAUAA